AUGUGGUCAUGACAUCAUAGAGACUGAGAAUGUAUGACUAGUCCAGCCCACUUUGUGCUUCAAAUAUCCCCAGAUCCUGUGUUACGUCUCACUCUUCUCUCUCUUCCACGGCAGCAGCAUGGCACAGAGCAAAAUCCCCGAAGCGUGCCUGAAGGCUGACAGCAAGAUGGAGAACAUCACCCUGUACUUUCAUCUGGAGAUGGUUAGGAACACACAUCAUGACAUAGAAGAGAAUCUGAGUGAGUCUGAAGAGUCAGAUGGCGAGGGCAUCAGUGUAAAAGGUGAAUGUGUCGUCGAUGGAAAACUUACUCAAGAGAUGAAUGGGUGUUUUAAAAAAGAUAAAGAAAGUCAAGUGCUGAUCCAGGGUAUACGCCGUACAACCAUCUGCGCCAAAAACAUCAAACAAAAAAGAAGAGGGGCCUGCAUGAGUUAUUCCUCAAACAACAUCACCAUUUACUACUACAAGCCAAAUAUGCUAGAGGAUCUGGGAAAGGGUGUUCCUGUUGUAUUGAACAUCAGCAACUCAAAUCAAUUUCUGAAAUGUACAUUCAUAGAGGACAAAGCCGUCCUGACUGUCGAGUGCUGGGAAAAGGACAAACUGGACUCUAUCUAUAAGAAUGACCCCAACACUUGGCCUUUUGUCUUCUACCUCUCAUGUACGAAGGACAACUGCCGUCACUUCGAAUCAGCCCAGUGCAGUGGUUGGUUCAUCCGCACAGAAUCUGACCUUGUGUGCAUGGCUGAACAAAAAGACAAAGAUCGAGAUUCAGAAAAAUAUUCCUUCCUCAUAGUGUGUACACAAAAUACAGCAAAGUCAAAAUCCUAAUGAAAACAGGCUCUACUCUACAUAACUGAGUUUAUUCCAGAAAUAUGGAGUCUAAUGUACGAAUACUAAAUACUAUUAUUUUAUUCACGUUCUCUUUAGAGGUGUACCGGAGCUAUUAUGUAACCUUUAACUGCCAUUGCAGUAUUAUGUAAUAUGUAUCAUAUCACAGUGUAUUAAUUUUACAUUAUCAGUGUUUUUUCACGGGCGUGUGCAUGCCUUUGCCGUAGACUGUACAAUAUUUUAUUUUAAUUUAUAUUUGUAUAUAUUCCAUGUAAUUUAUAAAGAGCUCUGUUCAUCUUGCGGAGGUACAGUAAUUUGCUGACAUGGUUUUGGUCCAAUGCAAAUCAACAACAUUUCUAUUUCGAUCGGAGUGGUCUAUUCCAGGAUGACCACGCCCCUUCAGCACUAGGCACUAGGGGUUAACGGAAUGGUUUAACGUUAUGGCCUUCAGUCGUCCGAUCUGAACUUCGCCUAAAUUAGACUUGUAGAAGCUGAUUCCAGUGACUCAUGAUGGCUGGACAACUUACUGAAACGCUUUAUGUUGGUUUUUCCCUUAGUGUCUCACACGAAUUCAUUAACAGAGAAACUAUUUUUAUUGUGAUGUGUUUUCGUUUUCUGGUGUGCUGCAUGUUGUUUUGUUACAUUUCAAUAUGUAAUAUCAAUAUAAUGUAUUAAAAUAUAUUUUAAAAAACA